AAUCGAGAUGAUGGUGAAAAACGUGGAGACCUGUUACUUGCCGAUCUCGCCUAUAAGCGAGCAAUCCUCCAUGUCGCCCGAGAAUUGGAACGUGUUUCAAAGCGGGGAUAUCGUCGCGUCCAACUUUGGGAAUGGGCACAACAACAUGGCCAACAACGUGGAUGGGUCAACGAAUUUACGAGGGGAGAUGCAGAGACCGGUGCACGAUCAUCUACAAGUAAUGGCGGAGCAACAACAAAAUGGGGUUCAAGAGCGUAAAGGAUCAUCAACUUCUCAACAGGCGUAUAUUUCUCAAGGUGGAAAUCAAAAGAAGUCGAAACGGUCUCGCACGGCGUACACCAGCGUCCAAUUGGUGGAGCUCGAGAAGGAGUUCACGGUGACGAAAUACCUGUGCCGGCCGCGCAGGAUAGAAUUGGCGAUCGCGUUGUCCCUGACCGAGCGCCAGAUCAAGAUUUGGUUUCAAAAUCGGCGCAUGAAGUACAAGAAGGAGCAACAACAAACGAGGCAGAUCAAUUCUCUUCAACGAAACGGAGAAGCGAGUGGACAGAACGCAGGCGAUUCACCGGUGCAAGUAACAACUCCCCCCACCGCCGAUAAUUCCGUGAAAAAUUGUGCGCAGAAGGAAUAUAUACAGAGCGUCGUGGAGCAGCGUAACAACGCGGCUUUGGUUAAUAAUCAUAGGAGCGGCAACGUUGCAACGUCGCACGUUGCGCAAAACGUCGAUCAAAUGAUGCGUACAAAUUCGUGCGGCGGCCACGCGAAUUUAAUAGCGCAACAGUAUUGCCAGCAAUUCGGCCAGUAUCAAUUACCGACCGGCCAAUCGAAUUUCUUCAAUGUUCAUAGGGGACAGGAGGGGGAAGAGAACAUUGGCUAUCGUCAAUAUUCUCAACAAUGGGACGAGCAGUAUGCCUUUAGUGAUCCGUCUUUACGGAAUUACGAUUACGAGUGUGCCAACAACGUUUUCGCCGUCGGAUUGACGCAUAAUUAUAAUAACACGCAGGGAAUGGAAAUGAAUAAUUUCGAAUCGAACGGUUUCAAUUUCGUUUCGAAUAAUAAUUUGAAUAACCUGGACGAGAUUAUACGGGAAAGCGUGUAUCUCGAUAUUCAAAAUUUAUCGGACGAUUUGAUACAAUUGUAAAUUUACUCGUGAUACGUUUUUUAUUUUAUUUUAUAGAUCGAAU